AUGGAAGAGAACAAAGUGGAGGAUAUAACAGAUAAAGAUGAAGUUCUUCCCACAGACAAAACAGCACAACAACAACCAGAUUGCCCAACAGGAUUCUAUACACCAGAGAACAGCACCACCUGUCAGCUGGACUGCCCACCUGGGUUUGUGUCUGCACCUGGUGGUGCUAACUGCACAUGUGCACCUGGUCUGAACCUUGCACCUGAUGGGCUCACCUGUAGACCAACCUGUGCACCUGGAUUAAUUCCUUCAGUUGAUGAGCUGACCUGCACCUGUCCCCCUGGCUUUGUCAGCUCACCUGACGACUCCUUCUGCAUCUGUGAGGGCAUCUUGCUGAAGGCGUCCGGCAAACACAACUGCUCCUGCCCAAACGGCUUUGUCCUGUCAGAAAACGGCACCUGUUCCUGUCCUGAAACCGUCAACUUCAUCAAUGGGGAGUUUUUCUGCCCUGAAAAUGUAACGCUUUCUAACAGUACUGAAGAGACCUGUUCCAAAGGCUUGGUCCGCUCCCUUGACGGAUCAAACUGCACUUGCCCAAACAACUUAUUCUUUAAAGAAGAAGAAGCUUCUUGCGCAUGUCCCGAAGGUCUUGUCCUCUCAGAAACACGUCUCGGAGACAUCUGCACAUGUCCGAAAGGCAUGGUGCUCAUUGACAACGGCAGAAGUUGCGCCUGUCAGGAAGGGUUUGUGAGAGCGGACGACGGCCUGAGUUGUGUUUGUCCUGGUAACUUGGUGCUCCAGGAAAGCGAAGACUUACUGAAGUGCUUGUGUCCAGAAAAAAUGAUUUAUAUCGAGGACAGGCUGGCGUGUACAUGUGAAGAGGGAUUCGUGAUAACGGAAGACGAGAAAAGUUGUGAGUGUCCAGGCAACCUGCUUCUUCACAGGGACGGAGAGAAAGAUUCUUGCAUCUGCCCAGAGAGAAUGGUGUUCACAGAGGACCAGCUAAACUGCACGUGCACAGAGGGGUUUGUGAGGACCAGUGAUGAUGAAGGUUGUGUGUGUCCGGGAAACCGUGUCGCUGUGCAUGGCGGAGAGAGCGGGAGGGAGGUCUGCUCUUGCCCUGAAGGAAUGAUUCUCGAAGAAGGGGCCACGAACUGUUCCUGUCAGAAUGGACUUGUAGUUUCUGAAGAUGGACAGAGGUGCCGAUGUCCAGGGAAUAUGAUUCAGAAAAAAGAGGAGGAUGAAGAUGAUGUGUGCACCUGUCCAGAAGGGAUGACUCUGGACAAGGAGGGAGCGAGCUGCCUGUGUCCUGAUGGGUUGGAUUACACCGAUGACAAGCUGGGAUGCACGUGUCCUGGCAACCUGGUUUUUGAGGAUGAAGAUGAAAACUCUUGCAGAUGCCCAUGGGGUAUGACACCCACAGGCGAUGGCAGAAACUGCACGUGCCCAGAAGGUUAUGUCCCCUCCCCCGACGGCCAAUCAUGCAUCUGCCCUGGUAACCUGAUACUGCUGGAGGAUGAUGUCACAUGUGGGUGUGACUACGGUCUGGAGCUGUCCGAAGACGGCCUCUCCUGUAACUGUCCGGGGGACUUGGAGUUCACUGAAGAUGGGCUGGACUGUCAGUGCUCUGGUACUCUCAUUCUUCUAAACCUUGAGGGCGACUGUGGCUGUCCUGAGGGCUUUGACAGAGUCAACAAGUCACACUGUGUUGAUGUGGAUGAGUGUGCAGUUGACCCAGGCACCUGUGGUAUGAAUGCCACCUGCACCAACACAGAAGGGUCCUACACCUGCACCUGUUCUACUGGCUUCUACUUCGGCAGCACAGGAUGUGAAGAUCUGGAUGAAUGUUUCCUGAUUGAGCCCUGCACAGGUACAUCCACCUGCAGAAACACACCUGGUUCCUACCUGUGUGACUGUGGGCGUGGCUACAGGUUCUUCGAGGGCAACUGCACAGAUGUUGAUGAGUGUUCCAUUGAUGGAAGCUGCACAGAAAACGAGGAUUGUGAGAACAGCGUUGGUAGCUAUGAGUGCACCUGUCAUGUGGGAUACAUGAAACAGGGACGUUAUUGCGUUGAUAUUGAUGAGUGUUUUGAGGAUGCCCCAUGCGGCAGCGUAGGAGUGUGCUCCAACCUCCCAGGGUCCUUCAAGUGUGGCUGUCCAACUGGCUACCAUGGAAAUGGGGUAAUUUGCAGAGAUAUUAACGAGUGCAGAGUUAACGAGGAGAUCUGUGGAGAAGGUGCUGUGUGUGAGAAUGCAGAGGGAAGCUACUUCUGCAGAUGCUUGGAGGGGUUCCAGAAGAUCUCAGAUGGCACCUGUGAAGACAUCGAUGAGUGUGGCAUACCUGGCACCUGCCCAGGUGACUGCGUCAACACACCUGGAUCCUACAGCUGCACCUGUAGAAGGGGCUACACAGGGAACGGCACACACUGCAAAGACCUUGAUGAGUGUGCGGAGUCGGAGCACGACUGUGACAUCAAUGCUCGCUGCGGCAACACGGUGGGGUCGUACUUCUGCCAGUGCUACCAGGGUUUCCAUGGCGACGGCUUCCGCUGUGGAGAUGUGGAUGAGUGUGUCCAGCUGGACAACAACGCCGACUGUCCGCAGCUGUGCAUCAACACCCCUGGCAGCUUCCACUGCGGCUGCAGGGAGGGGUACAGCAAGAUCUUUGGGAGUGACGACUGUGAAGACAUAGAUGAGUGUGAGCGGGGUACGGCCGGCUGUGACCAGUUUUGUGCCAACACUGAAGGCUCUUACAUCUGCAGCUGCAAACCUGGGUACCAGCUGCACAUUGACAAGAAGCACUGCGUAGAUGUGAAUGAGUGCUUGAUCAACAAUGGCGGCUGCUCCCACAAGUGUGAGAACAGUAAAGGGUCCUUCAGCUGUGAGUGUUUGCCUCAGCAGGCCCUGGCAGCUGACAAGAAAACCUGUCUCAACAUCACGACAUGUCAGGUACAGAACGGAGGCUGUGAUCAGCUGUGCAGCCCAACGUUUGAUGGCUCGGCUGUGGAGUGUGCAUGUGAAAGUGGUUAUCACCUGGCUGACAAUGGAUGGGAAUGUUUAGAUGAUGAUGAGUGUGAUGAUGUGAAUGGCGGCUGUCAGCAGCUGUGUGUGAACACGCCCGGGAGCUACCACUGUGACUGCAGGGAGGGGUACUUCAGGACAAACGCCACCAGGUUCAGAUGUGAAGCUACAUGUGAACCCAGGUGUAAUAAUAAUGGUCUCUGCAUCGCACCAAACCAGUGCCUGUGCCCUCCUGGAUAUCCUGGACCACAGUGCACACCCAUGUGUUCCCCACCUUGCACCCACGGAGGCACCUGUCUCAGAUGGAACAGAUGCACCUGCCCACCUGGGUAUACAGGCAGGGGUUGUCAGCAAGCCAUGUGUGACCUGCCAUGUCUAAAUGGAGGCAGGUGCAUCGGGCCAAACAAGUGUCAGUGUGAUUCUGGGUAUGAAGGGGACAACUGCGAGCAUCCUACCUGCACCCCUGCCUGCCAGAAUGGGGGCAGGUGUAACGAGGUGAACGUGUGCAUCUGCCCACCUAGGUACAGCGGACUCAGGUGUCAAGUAGCACCUGCCAUCUGCAAGCCAGGCUGUAAACAUGGCACCUGUGUGGGUCCCAACAAGUGCAAGUGUAAGGAGGGGUAUGGGGGCAGCAAGUGUGAAAUAGCUAUACUGAAGGAGUGCAAACCCCCCUGCCAGCAUGGUGGAACCUGCCUGCCCUUCAACAAGUGUAAAUGUGUGGAGGGCACUUCUGGGGUCAGGUGUCAGAAAAGGCACUGUCCCCUGAAGACCUUCAAGACAACCACCACCAGAGGGAUCCGCAGGCCAUUCAAGGAGAAAUACCUGACUCCGUGUGGGCCACUGGGCAGUAGAACAUGUACUGUGUACAGAAUCAACCAGAAGAGAGUGUACAUCCUGGCUUACAAAGUGGACUACAAGAUCCAGUGCUGAGGUCAUCAGUGAGGCCAGUUAUCAGCUUCCUUACAUCAUAUCAUCAUUGAAAACCUUAUUGUCAUUGGUUUUCUCUUCAAAACC